GUCAGUGCUGCUUUAUGUCAUACCAAUGAAAGUUUUAGGCGACUAACUGAUGGCGCAGAGACAUGCAGUAAUGUGGCUUGUAGGCCUGCUUGUCAUACAGAUUGUUGUAUCUCAACAACCAACUAUAACCAAGUCCGAUGGGAAAAUCAUAUUAAAUUUGGAAUAUGUCAACCAACCAGUCCUCCGAUUUAACCCAAUAUAUACGAAUACAUUUAAACCAGUCUCCUCGAUAGUAGCAGAACCAGAACCACAACCGGAACAAACAACAGAACCAACACCAGAACCAGAACCGCAACCAGAACCAGAACCACAACCAGAACCAACAACAGAACCAACACCAGAAUCAGAACCGCAACCAGAACCAGACACAACACCAGAACCAGGGUCAACACCAAAACCAAAGCGAAAUCCAAAACCAGAACUAGAAGAAAUAACAACCGAAAAUUUGUACAAACUAUUACAGUUUUUCAAAAAUAUCGUGUAAUUGAUGCCAAAAAGUCUUUCAGAAUUAAGAUUGGACAAUGAAAUUUAGGAAUACAUAAUAAAUUAUACUUUUUUUCAAUUUACAAUAUACUAGUUAACGGAUAUGAGGUUGCAUGAAUGAACUUGAAUUUCGCAAACAAUGUUAUGUGAUACUCGUACCAAAUAAAAUCGUUUUUCAGUUUAGAAACUAUAUGUUAUAGUGUUACGAUAUCGACAAUUUCAAUAAAAAAGCAGCUUCGUAAGGAAGAA